CUGAUAAGUGUUUUCAUAUUCCGCGUAUAACAGGCUAGAAUUGAACACUUCGAACUUCAGCGAGAGGCAUUCGCACCAUGGACACUGUUUUUGGGGUUCAAUAUGAAGGAGGAGUCAUUUUGGCUGCGGAUCAAUCGAACGCCCGGUCGAUUCUGCUGUAUCAGACAAACUUGGACAAGGUCAAAGAGCUGACAUCACAUUCGGCCAUGGGCGUGAGCGGACCGAACUGCGACAUGGUCAACUUUUGCGAAUUCGUUGCCAAGAAUAUCAAGUUGUAUGAGCUUAGUAACGAUAUCAAACUGUCUACUCACGCCCAGGCCAACUUUGCGCGGGGUGAGUUAGCCACUGCUCUGCGCAAAGGACCAUUUCAAGUUAACACUCUCUUGGGUGGCUUUGAUAACAAGGUUGGCGCAUCGCUCUACUACCUUGACUACAUGGCCGCCUUGCAGAAAGUCAACUAUGGGUCGCAGGGAUACGCGAGCAAUUUUUGUCUAUCCAUCAUGGACAAGGAGUACAGAGAUGAUUUGAACGAAGCGGACGCGGUCAAGAUCGUAGAGCAAUGCAUCCAUGAGCUACACACACGAUUUCUCAUCUCGCAAAAGAAUUUCAUUAUUAAAGUUGUGGACAAAGAUGGUGUCCGGUUGUAUAGCCAAGGAGCUGAUCCGGCAGACAGCUAAAGUAAAUAGACUUACAGUCAGAAACAUUCAUCGAAAC